AUGCUGCACCCGAUACUUGACCUUAACAACUUCAAUAUCGUUCUCUCUGUUGUUGCUCUCUAUAUCCUCCUCUUUGGAUAUGUCUCCCUGAGAAUCAAGCAGAGAUGUUAUCUCGGGGAAGCUUUGCCGGCCUUUUUAAUUGGUAUCUCUCUCGGACCAAUUGGUGCCAAGCUUCUAAACAUAUCUCAGUGGGGAGGAGAUGAUAACGAUUACCGCAGUGACAUCGCCUAUGACCUGACACGUCUAGUGAUGGGCAUACAGUUAGUCAAAGCUGGAUACCAAUUGCCGGAAAGAUAUGUCAGGCAACGUCUGAGCGAAUUGGCUAUCUGUCUGCUUCCUGUCUUGACUAUAGCAUGGUUCGCAACAUCCGCAUGCAUCCUGCUUGCGAUUCCGGGCAUAUCCUUUCUAUCAGCGCUCAUCAUUAGCGCUUGCGUGACUUGCACUGACCCUGUCCUAUCUCAGGCCAUUGCGAAAGGCCCGUUUGCGGAUAACUAUGUUCGUCGACCACUCCGAGAAUUCAUCUCGGCCGAAGCAGGGGCAAAUGAUGGUUUCGGCUUUCCAUUUCUGCUCCUUGCGGUUUCUCUGCUGCGCUACGCAGAAACUCCGGAUAAUACCGUCAGCUUGGAAGACUUUGACUUGGAACGAGGCAUUCCAGAUUCACUCGGAGCUACGAGCACAGGGCGUUUUGGUGGAGGUGCUGGCCCUGCAUUAAAACACUGGGCGGUAGAGGGAGUCUUAUACAUGAUCUUCCUAGGUGCCUCCUACGGCGCCUUCCUCGGGUUCAUCUGCCAGAAGCUGCUCAAAGGUGCAUCUAAACGAAGUUGGAUCGAUAAUGAAAGCUUUACUCUUGUCCCCGUGGCAAUAGGUAUGCUCAUUGUUGGAACCUGCGGCUGCUUCGGGUCUGAUGAGACACUUGCAUGCUUCGUUGCAGGGAGUGUGCUCAACUGGAAUGGAUUUUACCAGGCUGAGAUGCAGGCCCGACAUGACUCAUUCAACUCAACGAUUGAGACCUUACUGAACGUUGUAGCCUUCAUGUAUCUUGGGGCGGUCAUGCCAUGGGAUCAGUUCCAUAGACCACAGGAUACAGGGAUUUCCAUCUGGCGCCUAUUCGGACUAGGCUUUUUGAUCCUCAUCUUCCGUCGUAUUCCAGCCAUUGUGACUGGAUACAGGUUCAUGCCUAAAGUAUGCAGCGACUGGAAAGAAGCACUGUUUUUGGGCUACUUCGGGCCGAUCGGGAUGGGUGCCAUCACUUAUGUGGAAUAUGCUCGGCGUCUCUUUCCGUCGCCGGGCGAAAGUGACAAUGAGAUCAACAGUCUUACGGCCGCUAUGGUUCCAGUUGUCUACUGGUUGGUAUUGUUCUCCAUCGUUGUUCAUGGCCUAUCCGUGCCUGCGCUUGAUGCACUCUACAAGUUCUUCAAUGUGCCCAAGAUCUGUGAUCAUCCGGUAGCAAUUGUCCUGCUUUCGGAUAACGAAGCCCUCCCAAACAAUUGCUCAGUCGACCGUCAGCGGCAUUCGAUGAUCGUUAACAACCGCUUCUCGCGGCCAUCAGAUAUGGACACCGAUGGCCAAAAUAGCCAAGCGCGAAAAAUUCCAGCAACGAUGGCGCGGCUAAAUGAGGGUAGUCCGCUUAACCAAAGCGUUGAGCUUUUGGAUAUCUCCUUAAUCAAUCACCAAGCUGAAGGAACGGUCACCACUCGGGCUAUUGUCUGA